CAUGGCAGCGAGCACAGACAUAGCUGGGCUGGAGGAGAGCUUUCGCAAGUUUGCCAUCCAUGGUGACCCCAAGGCCAGUGGGCAGGAGAUGAAUGGCAAGAACUGGGCCAAGCUGUGCAAGGACUGCAAGGUGGCUGAUGGAAAGGCCGUGACAGGGACUGAUGUGGACAUCGUCUUCUCCAAAGUCAAGGGAAAGUCUGCUCGGGUCAUCAACUAUGAGGAGUUCAAGAAGGCCCUGGAAGAGCUGGCAACCAAGCGAUUCAAGGGGAAGAGCAAGGAAGAGGCCUUUGAUGCCAUCUGUCAGCUGGUGGCAGGCAAAGAACCAGCCAAUGUGGGCGUCACCAAAGCAAAAACAGGAGGUGCUGUGGAGCGACUGACUGACACCAGCAAGUAUACUGGUUCCCACAAGGAACGCUUCGAUGAGAGUGGCAAGGGCAAGGGCAUUGCUGGACGACAGGACAUCCUGGAUGACAGCGGCUAUGUGAGUGCCUAUAAGAACGCAGGCACCUAUGAUGCCAAGGUGAAGAAGUGAGCCAGGGAAGGUCUCCCUCCCCCAGCUAGGCUGCCCCUGCCAGAGGCUCAGGCUUGGGCCUGAGGGGCAUAUGGAGCGAGAGCCCAGUCCCCUUCCUGCUGGACCUGCCACCCAGAGCUUCCUGCCCAGACCCAUGGGGCCAGCCCACCAGGCCUCUGACCCAGAUUGCUCUGUGUUCCCUUCCUCCUUUUCUUUCCAACCUGACUUCUGUCCAUCUGGGGACAGUCUGUGCCUAUAGCCUCACUGCCCCAACCUGGCCCCGGGCAUGGCUAACUUGUGCCUGCUUGCCUCAUAUUUAAGCUGCUGUUCUGGCCAAGUGCCUAACUCUCACCUAGACCUCAAUAAAGACAACUUUUGUACCAA